AUUGACCAAUUAAUUUUGAUUCAACGAGGUCUUUAAUUUAUCGCGUUCGGGAAAUGUCACCAUGAAGUUUCACUUGGUCUAUAGAAAUAAUGAGCGCAACAAUCCGGUUCUAGGCAACAGAGAGCCGAUAAUCGAAUCUAUAGACCAAGAAAUUUCAGACCAGACAUCGCAGCCCACUGAGGUAUAUUUAGGAGCACCUCGCUUCCUCGAAACUACGAAUUUAACCGAACGAGAAACCCAUAAGUCUUCAACAUCUCCCUGUGCAAUACAGUUCCAACCCUGUUCAAUUAAACUUUACUAUGAAUAUUUGCACGGGAACAUAUCCACCUUACCCAAUUCUUAUCAUAAUUCAUUUGAAGACUAUACCAUUACUAACGCAAACUCAGAGUCCAGAUUUAAAUUACCAAUAUCUGAACAGUAUGAUCCGGAAGGUAAAAUAUUUGAUGGAAGGCAAACGGAAGAAAGAAUCAUUAAGAAAAUAAUGGAAAUGAAAAUUAAAAGAAAUUUAGUAGAAAACAAGAAAAAAAGUAAGAACAAUGAGUCACAAUUAAAAAUCAAAACUGAGACAAUUUCUUUUAACUCAGAAAGUAAUAAGUACGAGAGCAAAGAUUUUAGUAAAGUAUUUAUUAACACAGACAGCAUCAAAUCAACCGCAAAUAGUAUAGUCAAUGAAAGUAUAGACAAAGCUAUAACAGUUGCCCAAGAAAUAUUUAAAGAGAUCGACACUGAGUCUAUCGAACACUGUACUCCGCCAUCACAAUUAUUUUUUUUACAAGACAAUAUUUUGAGUAACAAACUAUUAGGAGAGGAAGCAGAUAUCUUGCCUAAGUCUGUUAAGGAAUCCGUACAACUUUACGAAAGAAUUGGCAAAGAUUCUCGAAUGGAUAAUCUACAAAAAGAAAAUAAAUUGGAAGAUGAAAGGAAGUUGUAUUUAAUUCAGGAAAUUGAAGAAAGUAUUGAAGUUGGCUCGGUCAGAAGAAAAUCUGUUAUAUUCGAAAAUGAAGCGGAGAAGCUCUUUCGACCUCAUCAAACAGAAGAUUAUUCUAAUGAUGAAACAGUUUAUAAGGAUAACUGUCAUUUACAAAAUAAAACGAUCAAUAUUCAAGCCAAAACAGAGCUUGAAGACAAAAUGAAAUCAACGAGAAUAUUAGCACAAACAAAAGCAUUCAAAGUCGGUUCGCAAAUGAUCCUACACAUUAUUAAGAUUACAGAAUCAUCAAAUGUCUAUAGCUCUUUAUUAAAAAUAUUAUAUUUUUAUUUCUUAAAUUUAAUAAUAGCUUUUUAUAGGUUUAUUCUCAUGCAACCAUCAUUAAAGUCGAAUAAUUAUUUAAAAAACCACACAUAUUAUGCAAAAAAUCUGAAUUUGGGAGACCGUAAGCGCAAUGAAACGGAAUUAAAUAUUCUGGAUCAACACUUUGAUGAGAAACAUUUGACUUCAGCUUAUAGGGAUAAUGACGAGGCUUUAAUUUUAAGAAAAAAGAAGUUAUCAGGUUCUGAAAUGGCUCAAAUGUCGUUAAGAAAGCCAGAAGAACUAACUCAAAUAAUGGAUGCUGUAAUAUCAGAAUUUCAUACAAAGCUAAAUAUUGGAGGUUCUCAGUAUACUGUGCGACUUUGUAAUAAAAUGUCAGAAAAUAGCAGUAAUAUCGAGGAAGUAGAGAUUAAAGAAUCCGAUACCCUCGAAUGGCUUACAAAAAUGGAUAGUGAAGAAAAGGAACGAAUAAGAAAAGAGAUUAAGCUUGCAACUAUAGAGGCUGCAAGAAGAGUAUCGGAAAGUCGUAAAACAUUUGAACAAUAUGCAAAGUCUCAUCAUGAUUCCCAGAAAUAUAAAUCUGAUUCCACGGAUAGUUUGACAUAUAUCGCCAUAGUAGAGUCGCACGUAUAUACUAAUACAAAUUUAAUAUUUGAUAAAUACUUUUCAAGUUCAAACGUAGAAACCACUCAGAAUUCGGAAUUCACAAGUUCCAAUAACGUAGGAUCAGCUACCUCAGAAUAUUUUAAGGAAAAGACUUAUAAUUUAUCAUCCAAUACAAAAGACGAUUUUAGAGGCGAAGAAAAUGAUUUGGCUCUUGCAGCAGAAAAGUCAAAAAGUAUGGAUAUAAAAUCCUCAAUGGUCUUACCAGAUACUGAAGAAAUGAAAGGCUAUAUAAUAAGGACUGAUUACGUAGCUACUGUUAAUGUUGAACACAAGUCUUUGCCAAUAGUUUCAGACGAAAAGGAAUAUGAAAGUAUUAUGUCAGAAAUUCAUCAAUCCAUAGAUGAAGGAAUUGAAGUACAAGCUGUUGCAAAAACAGCUACUAUACAAAUAGCCUCUACCUCGGAAAAUUCUGAAACAAAAGAAAGUCAUAACAGUUUGAUUAAACAGGAGGCUCAUGAACGGACCUUAGAAUUGCAUGAAGAAAAAUCAACUGGAACCAUUGAAUCAAGAGAUAUGAAUAAGAACGUUCUUCAAACGAAAGAAUCUCUAGAGAUGAGUGAAUUACAAGCAUCCAAAAUUAUGUGUCAAAGCACUGCAACACAAAUUAAUACACAAAUAGAAACGACUUCGGAGAACAAAAGUGAAUACAUAAAUGUAAAGGAAAAUGUAGCUGUUCCAGUUAUAGAAGUUAAAGAACUUAAUAAAGUUCAAGCGUUGAAUAGAGCAACCGCUAGACAAAUAAGUGCAAUUUUUGAAGAUAUACAAAAUAGUCGAAUUACCAAUGUCACAGAAGAGGUGCCAUGUUUUAGUCUAGGAACAGAAGAGCUAAGCAUAGCACAAGCUCUUUGUAAAGAAACUGUAAUUCAUGUACCUACUUGUAGUGGAACUGAACAAUUAGAUGAAACUACAAUGUCAGUUUAUUUUGAAGAAAAUGAUUAUUUUUCAAUUAACAAAUCUGAUGAAGAAGUAGCUAUCAUAUGUUUUCAAGCACAAGAGCUUUUAAGGGUUAACCCAGUUUGUACGCCCGUAGCUUUGCAAAUUACCAUAUACUUUGAUGAAGUGGAAUCUAUCAAAUUAGAUAGAUUUGAAAUAGAGAAAGCCAGCAUCUCUGAAGAAGUUAGAGAAUUUUUUAAGACUUACUGUAUAGUUUAUGCAACGACUCAAGACAUAAGAACAUACACAGAAGAAAACCUUUCAUUUAAAACAGAUGAUACCAAAUAUGUAUUGGCUUCUAUAAAUUAUGAACCGCAAGUUUUAGUUACAGUCAGUUCAGUUGCUACUCCACUUAUAACGCAACUAAGCAUUAACUACAUCGAUGCAGAAUUCAUGAAAAGCGAACGUUUUCAGGAAGAGAACGCAAAAUGUAGUGUAGAAACCAGAGAAUCACCAUCAGUACUUUCAAUGUGUUAUGCUGCCGGAAAUUUAUUAAAAUUUGAUGCAGAAGAAAGUUAUGACUUUGAAGUGGAUGAGGUUAAAAAGGAAUUUAGUUCUAUAUGUAUUGAACCACAAGUAUUAUUGAAAGCUUUUCCAAUGGGUGCGUCUUUAAUAAGACAAACUAGUACAAUAUUUAAUGAAGCUCAAUGUAUAGAGAGUGAAAUAAUACAAGAAAAGAAAGCAGACUCGUGCAUCGUGAAAGAAAUAUUUAUGACGGCAAGAUGUACAUGCACUGCCACCGUUCAAACAAUUAUUACUAAUUUAAUAGAAAUUAAUUCAUAUGAAGUUGAACAAACUAAAGAAGAACAAGCUUUUGGUGGUAUAGAACCAAAUAUAUUUGAAAUAGCGCUAUCAGUAGGUACAGCAACAGCAAUGCAAAUAAAUGUUAUUUACGUCGAAGCUGCUUUUAAAGAACCUGAUACAUUUGAGGAAGAAGUUGCCUUAUCUAGUUUAGAAAGCAAAGAAUUUGUAAGAACAUACCCAAUGUGCCAAGCUGUCGCGGCACAAAUGACAACAAUUUUUGAAGAAACUGAAACUAUGUCGCUUAAUUAUGAUGUAACGGAAGAAUUUGCAAAAAUAGUUGAUGUCCCUUAUUAUCUUAUCUCUACAUUGUCCAUUAGUUUAGCAUCCGCAAACCAAAUCAUAUUCGAUUCUGAAAUGAUGAAAAAUUUUGAAUGUUCUGAUGUAAGAGAAGAGCAAAUUGCAAUUUCUAUCCAAGAACACGAGCUAAAAAAAGCUGUUGCUGUUCUAAUAGCUCUAGCGAAUAAUGAAUACACUGAUUUAUAUUCAGUACAAGAUGAUAGUUCAAUUAAUUUUUACUGUGACAAACAAUUAGCUCUCAUAUCGGAACCAACUUUUUUAAAUUUCGCAUUGUCUUUUAAUAAUGCUACUGUUCAACAAGCAAGUUUCACGUAUGAGGAUUAUGAAACACAAGUAAUUGAAUAUCCUGUUAAAUAUGAACACGUGAAAAUGACGAAAGAGACCAAAAGUUUGACUAUUGCGGAAACUAUGAACAAAGCUGUUGUAAUAAAUAAUGAUGGUAUCAAUUUAUUUUCUGUAACAAAUAAAGACGACAUUCUUAAGCAAUCUGCAGCAGCGCAUUUACAAUCUUCCAGCUACAGUGAAUUAUCAACAGACGAAAUUUUAAGCAAUGAUGUUAUUAAAAAAACAAAUGUUGAGUUAAAUGCAGCAGAAAGAGCAAUUGUUUCUGAAAACCAAAGAAUUAUAGAAAAAGAAAAAGAUGAUAACAAAGAAGCAUUUAGUGAAAAAGAGUCAAAUUUAAAUGUUUCAGUUAUACAAAAAGUUGAAACAGAAGCGUCUCAAAAAUAUCAGCAACUGUCUUGUGAACUUUCUUUGUCUAAGAAUGUCAGAGAAUCUGCUUCUGAAAGAGUCAAAGGGGUUAUACUCAUGGCUGGAACUGAAGAUAUUAAAUCUAAUGAUUUCCGAACAGAUUUAUUACAAACUACUAUGCAUAAAUUGGAAAAUGGUACUGGCAUUGUGAUACAAGAUAUAACUCAAAUAGGCGACAGUUUUGAUGAGUCUGUUGAAAUACAAUUAAACAAGGAUAUAUCAACAUCUGAGUUACAAGAAAAAUUAGAUAAACUUGAGGCACAAACAACAAAGAUCUACGAUAUAUCUGAGGAAUUACAAGACGUGACAUCUACCAAAAAUUUGUCUGCGCUUAGAAAAGCUAAAACGGCUACAGACGAAUCAGAGGCACUAAAAAUUAUAAAAAAAGAAGAACGUGAACUAGUGUACCCUGUAUUGGAAAGGUAUGAGGAGGAAGAUUUAACUUGCAGUAAACUAAUAAAUACAGCAGCAUUCUCCGAUUCGGUUUCUAAAGUUGUAAAUCAGACAAAAAAUAGUCUGUCUCUGACUUCAGGACGAAACCGUAACGAUCAUAGUUUUGCUUUAAAGGAAACUGGUGAACAAUUGUUACUAGCAAAUACAUUGAAAUCCCAUGCACUCAGAAGUUCCAGUGAAUCAGAAUCCACUGUACAUGGAUUAAAAAACAUAGAGCUAAACGUAUCAGAGUCUCUUAUAAAUCAAUCAUCGAAUGGAGACAACGUGUAUAAUAAAUCACUCAAAAAAAGUUCCGUUUCACAAGCAACUUCAGAAUCAUCGAUAUUAUCAUAUUCCAAUUCUCAAAAGUUAACAAAAUCGGCUAAAAGUAGCAAAUUGGUUCUUAAAACAGACUUAAACCAAGAAAAAUUUGCAGAAACUCAAAAUUGCGUCAAAAAUGUUGUACACUUUACCGAUAUUCAAUCUCCCACGACGCCUCCUACACCAUUAACAGAUGAAUACAUUUUUAGACUUGUAGUUCCACUACCUAAAAGCAGAGGAACUACUCCUGUUCCAAGAGAUCCAAGCCCUGAAAUUUUUGAAUGCGUACAUGUGAAAGGUUCACAUAAAGAAACGAUAAAUCUAAUAUCAAAAGUAGAAACUGAAAUAAGUGAAGGAGUUUCGUAUAACCCGUCUUUGUCAAAUCUGCCUACAAGCCCUCCCGCCUCUUCAGUAUACACUAAGCCAGGCUUAAAUGGUGGCUCAAAACGACUACCACGAUAUAUCAAGCUAGGGCUAAGAGGCGGAUCAGACAGACCACCAAUAACAAAGGAAGACAUAUUGGAGGUGCAAAGAAAAUCGUCAAUUCUCACUUCAGCCAUUACCGAAACACUUAAAAGUAUUGAAGAAUAUAAAAGAGAGUUUGGCAUUUUAAAAAAGCAAGGCACAGAAGAACAACGCCUGCCUAAUACUAGAAUAGAAUCAGAAGGAACUAUGAGCAAUAUAAAUAAAGGUGAAAUGGAAACAUUUGUGAGGGAUACAAAUAUACAUCAAAAUAAAAGCAAUGCAGAUAUACGUGAUCUUGCUAUUGAAAAGGAAGAGAUAGAAAGAGACAAUUUAAUUAUAGAAACUGACAAAACGAUAGCUGUUUCUGUAGAAUUAUUCAAGAGUGAAACAGAGGUUAAAGAUAGUGACAAAAAGCAUGAUAACUAUGCAAAAAAGGGUGAAGACAUCAUUUUGGAAGACGGUUACAGUUACAUGCAAAUAGUAGAAGAAAACCAAAUUGAAACUAAUAUGAUAAGUAAAAAUGAAACCAAUAACGAAAUCAAAACUAUAAAUAGCGCUGCUGAUUUGGCUCAGUCCGAUUUUGAUAUGACAGACGAAUGUAAUUCUUCAAAAGAAUUUGUUGUUGCUGAAGGUAUAAUUGAAUACCCCACUGAAGUAACUUCUCUAAAGGUUGUAUCUAAUAAUGAAGCCCACAACAAAGAAGACAAAGAGAUUAUAAAAGAAAAUAUAAAUGAAAAUAGCGUAGGUUUUAUAAACGUUAAAAUUGAUACAGAUCAUUCGAUGUUUGAUGCAAAAAAAAUGGAGCAAAGUGAAGAUGAGGUUUAUAAAACGCCUGAUGAGAAACCUAUGACUAUCCAAGAGUAUAUUCUUAAUGAGAUACAAUCAGAUGAUAUCGCAGCUGAUCAGGAAGUUGCUGAUGUUACAGAGAAGACUAUAGAUACUGACAGAAGUAUAUCUGUAGAGACAAGUCCUGCGAUAGCACCAAAGGAAAAUCUGCUUAAGGAGGAACACGUGAUUAGCCUCACUAGAGUUCUCUCAGCGCACAUGCUCCGAGAAGAGUUAAGCCCAGACUGUUACAAAACGAAGACCAGCCACGAAUCUCAGCAGGAAUUAGCCAACAAUGAACAUAUUGAAAAGGAGCAGGAAACAAUCAAAGAAGAGAAGAACGAAAUAAAAUGGACGACAUUCCUGCAGAAAUCACAUCCGGUUCCGGUUCAAACAUUAGGACACUUCACUGAUUUGCAAAACAAAUUCGAAAUUCAAAACUUCAAUAGCAGUCCGUUGCCUUGGCAAGAGAGAGCACUGGCAGAUUCUCUAGGUGCACGAGGAAGGGACUUACAAAUUGAGGAGCCUAUUUUAAUUCCUGAAGAGGAGCCAGAGUACCUCAUAGCAGUACCCUCAGGAUUUUGUAGUACAAGUGAUCCGGAAGAUGCAGAUUUGCCUCUAACAUCUCCAUUGCAACAUGAAAUACCAAGAAUCGAGGUUAUAGAACAUGAUAAUGAAGCAGAAAAUUACAACCAAGAAGAGAAGAUUAAAGUAGAAGAAAUUAUUAAAGACGCACUGAAAAUUGUAGACAGGUUGGAAAGAGAAGCAGAGAAUAAUGAACUAGUCCAGACCUUGCUGACGAACAUUAAGAGUAUAGCCGACUCCGCAGCACCGAUUGAGGAGCAAUUGAGGCAAAUGAAGAGUCAGCUGGAGACUUUGGCGCAAGUCCCAAACAUUAUCAGGGAAACCUGGGAUAACAUAAGUGAGCGGCUGAACCAAAUAGGCCACCAGAAAAAAGAAGAAACUAUACCACAUUCGGAAUACAUUGAGCAACACCUAGAUAGCCCAGCGCAAAACCAGGAUAAAAGUGAAGGAGUUGAAGUCAGUACAGAAGAAAGAAUAGAACCACAGAUUAAAGAGACCGAGGUAACGACUAAAAUAGUUGCGGAAACAAUGCCGGCAGAGACGAGUGCGACGCUAACAGUGACUGAUGAUUCCGAAAAGAAGAAUACCGUCGAACAGUGGAACAAGGUUUGGCCUUGGACUCCCUCUGUUUGUAGGAAAUAUAGAGAAUCGAACUGUCAUCUUGUGGACUUUCAUAACGUGCAAGAGAAUGUAGUUCCUUCUUAUAACAAAAUGAUUAAAGAUAAACUUCCUGAAGUACGAGAAACCUCCCGCUCCACUGGACCACCUCCAACACUCAGAAGUGUACAAGCUGAUCCACGACAUGGAGCAAGCGCCGCCGAGGCGUGUUGAGCUGCUCAGGACAGCAAUAUCCGAGGCUGAUUACAGAGAGAAAUGUCGUUCUAUGUCACCACAUCCGGCAGAAUCUCAUAAGGAAUCAACGUCCACCAUCUCUCAACAAUUUCAUCCGUGAAUUGGGUAUAUAUAGUUUUAAAGUUUUCUGUAAUUAUUUUGAUAAACUGUUAAUUUCUUUAUUCAACUUAUUGCCUUUGUAAAAAUAUAUUUAUUUCUUCA